GUCACAUAUUUUCCUUCGAAACAAAUAUCCCAAAAACACACUCCGACAUAUCCGUCAAAAAAUGUCGUUACAGUUUCACCACGUUUUCCGGCCAAUUUCUCCGGCGACAUCGCCGUCGUUAGUCCGAUCACCGGCGUUACUUACGACGAAGUCCUCGACUGUUUCCGGAGACGUUCACCGGUCAACGAAAAUAAUCGGUAGUAAAAGAAGUAAGUUAGUUGUUACUGUAAGAUCGAGCUUGGAGACUUCCGGCGGUGCGGCGGCGGUCGUUGUCGGUCAGGUGACGGAGGUUGAUAAGGAUACGUUUUGGCCUAUUGUUAAUGCUGCUGGUGAUAAGACUGUUGUUCUCGAUAUGUAUACUCAAUGGUGUGGCCCUUGCAAAAUAAUCGCUCCAAAGUUCCAAGAAAUGGCUGAGAAGUAUCUUGAUGUUGUCUGUCUAAAGCUUGAUUGCAAUCAAGAAAAUAAGCCAUUAGCAAAGGAGCUAGGCAUAAAGGUUGUUCCCACCUUCAAGAUUCUUAAACAUGGCAAGAUUCAAAAAGAAGUUACUGGGGCUAAGUUUGAUAAUUUAGUUGCUGCCGUGGAGGAAGUUAGAUCCACUUGAACCACCUGCUUAUAUAUAUGUAAUAAUUCAUGUCACAAGUUAAUUUUUUAAGAAGUAUUUAAGUUUCUCCGUUAGUAUGCACAAA